UGCUUCUUCUUCUGCCCAACCGCGGCUGCUGGUGAAUGUGUGCGUUAGUACAGCGCUGUGGACGCAGAGCGUGGACGUCAGUGGCUUUUCACGGCACAAAUCCCGAGGCAGCCACUGUAUUAUCCCAUCCAAAAUCACAGCAAUGCGAAGGAAAUCGCGGAUAUUAUUAUGUUUCGCCGUGCUCUGGGUUCUAGGCAUAGCAUAUUAUUUCUACUCGGGGACAACGCUAAGUCGAAAGGAUGACUGGAGUGGCAUUAAUUCAAACAGAAUUCAAUCACACAGCAAUGCAGAUGACAAAGUCCACAGCCUAGAGACCCUUCCUCCAGGUAAGGUUAGGUGGCAGGACUUCGAUCAGGAUCUGUAUGUGGGCGCGACCGUGGUGAGGCCAGGGCAGGAUCCCUAUGCCCGCAACAAGUUCAACCAGGUUGAGAGUGACAAACUCAGAAUGGACCGGAGCAUUCCCGACACAAGACAUGACCAUUGUCGUCACAAACAGUGGAAAACAGAUCUUCCCGCAUCCAGUGUGGUUAUCACUUUCCAUAAUGAGGCCCGUUCAGCCCUGCUGCGCACUGUGGUCAGUGUAUUGAAGAAAAGCCCCCCCAAUCUGGUCAAAGAGAUCAUCUUGGUGGACGACUACAGUGACAACCCUGAAGAUGGUGCCUUACUUGGGAAGAUCGAGAAAGUCCGAAUCUUGCGGAAUGAUCGGCGAGAGGGCUUGAUGCGGUCUCGCGUCAGAGGGGCAGAUGCAGCCACAGCCAAUGUACUGACCUUCCUUGACAGCCACUGCGAGUGUAAUGAGCACUGGCUGGAGCCCCUACUGGAAAGGGUUGCUGAGGAUAAGACUCGGGUUGUUUCACCCAUCAUAGAUGUCAUUAACAUGGACAAUUUUCAGUAUGUUGGAGCAUCUGCAGAUCUUAAAGGAGGUUUUGAUUGGAAUCUAGUUUUUAAAUGGGACUACAUGACUCUGGAACAAAGACGGGCACGGCAAGGAAACCCCAUUGCUCCUAUCAAGACACCAAUGAUUGCCGGAGGUCUUUUUGUAAUGGACAAGGACUAUUUCGAAGAGCUCGGGAAGUACGACAUGAUGAUGGAUGUGUGGGGCGGUGAGAAUCUCGAGAUCUCAUUUCGCGUGUGGCAAUGUGGAGGGAGUUUGGAGAUCAUCCCCUGCAGUCGAGUGGGUCAUGUCUUCAGAAAGCAACAUCCAUAUACUUUCCCAGGAGGCAGUGGAACUGUGUUUGCAAGAAACACCAGACGAGCGGCAGAGGUUUGGAUGGACGAUUUCAAGAACUUCUAUUACGCUGCUGUCCCAUCAGCUCGUAACGUGCCUUAUGGCAACAUUCAAAGCAGGCUAGAAAUGAAGAAGAGAUUAGGGUGCAAACCUUUCAAGUGGUACCUGGAGAACGUCUAUCCUGAGCUACGGGUACCGGAUCAUCAGGACAUAGCAUUUGGGGCACUACAGCAGGGCCAGAACUGUUUGGAUACACUGGGACACUUUGCUGAUGGUGUAGUGGGGGUGUAUGAAUGUCACAACGCUGGGGGCAAUCAGGUAUCAUUCAGGGCUCAGGAAUGGGCAUUGACUAAAGACAAAUCAGUAAAGCAUAUGGACCUGUGUCUGACGGUGGUGGAACGCACCGCUGGAUUGCAGAUCAAACUGCAAGGCUGCAGAGAGAACGACAGUAGACAGAAAUGGGAGCAGAUCGACAACAACUCCAAGCUUCGACACGUGGGCAGCAAUCUGUGCCUGGACAGCCGCAGCGCACGAAACGGCGGCCUGACGGUGGAGGUGUGCAGCCCUUCGCUUACCCAGCAGUGGAAGUUCACCCUCAACCUGCAACCGUAAUUCGACGCCGCCAAUCCCAGCCCUCCCCUUCUCACUCUCGGACAGCCCACACCGGGCUCACGCUCGCCCCCCUGUCCGGGCUCGGGGCCGCCACAUCGCGGCCGCUCUGGCCUUCAAAGGCCACGGGGCACCGAAAUCAGACAACAAAGUUGAUGAUGAUGAUUUCCAUCUAAACUAUAUACCUCACCGUUUCAUCAUUUGUCCAGGUCUUGGAAAGUGAAUCUAAGUCUCUAAACUUAAUCGAAACCUUUUUUCGUCUCAUUUCCAAUGCGAGCGAAAAGGAUGCUUUUCUUUCUCCUCUUUUUUUUUCACAUUUUUACGAUGGAGUUGACGUCUAUCUUUUUAUUUUUCUAGUCGCAUUACCAAUAUUGUCGAAUGUAAUUACGUGUUUAACGGAGACUCCCAACCUGCGCUGUGAUCGGACCGGAUUUCGGAUUUUUGAGUGCAGACAGUUUUAGUUUGGUUUGAUUUCAUUUGUGGGCUCAUGGGAUUUGGGGGUCGCGUUUGUUUCGUGUACUGUCACUUUAAUUUUGGAGGACUUCAGCAGCCGUGUGUUUUCAAAUUGCAGUGCACACACACUUCUUGAGUUUUAUUUCUAGUUUCUAUUCAAUUGUCUGUUUGUCUUUUCUGUUGAUUGUGCAAUGUGCGGACUCAAUCUGCUUCCUCUAAGCCCCUGGUGUGUUUUAAGGAGAUCUGAUGCAUUGUACAGAACAUGACUGUUGGAUUCACAUACUGUAGCACUGGCUGCUAACAAUUCGGUGUUUAUACUCGUCUUCAAACACGAAUAUGUGCUUCUCAGUCCCAUUUUUCUCAUUUAUCAUUAGUUUUUUGGUUUUAAGUAGCCUUUAUUUAUUUUCUUUGCAAAGUGUAUUAGGUGAAAAUAAUCAAGGUAACUCCUAGCAGAUGUGUGACACAAACUUUCCUCUCAUUUUCACUUUUUUUUUGAUCAUGCACAGUUGGACUUGCAGUCCUAGAGGUUUUAUUCUCAAGAUUAAUCGUGACUCUGGCCAAAUGUGGCACAUGAUGUCAUUACUUGAGCAUCCUGUAUCUCUUAUGGUUACUGCCUUUUGUUAUCAAUGAUACUGUAAAGAACAUGUGAGGUGAUUUUGUGUUGGUUUACAACUCAACCAUUUGUUUCAUCAAACAGAGAAAGGAUCUGAUAUUGUGUGUCUGCCCAUUCUCUCUCAUUCAUGCCCUUAAAUAUUUGCUUUCACAGAUUAUUGUGGUACUUCAGUUGUCACUGGUUAAUCUUAACAGAACUAGUGUUACUGUAAAUUCAAUGGACAAGACAGCCUGUGUUGUGUGAAAUCAAAUCAUUUAAUCCAUUUACCUGUCUUGCGUGUAUACCUAAACUGGGAUAAGCCGUAGCAUUCUGACUAACUUAUUGUAGGUAUAGAAAUCAAGACUAAGUGAGCCUCUGACUGACACUCGGUCAGCCUUUCUCAUGUAUCAGCAGUAAAUGUUAUGUUAUUCUUAGACUUGUACAUGUUUGAAUCAUCCACACAACCCUGUAUUUUCACAGAUAUUCCAGUUCACCAUCAGAAGAUAACCAAAAAAAAACAAGAUUUGGUUGGUUUUUCAGAUUCAUCGCAGUGAAUCUGGGCAUUGCCUUUAGGAAAGCAGUCAACCAACCUGUAUCCUGUAUUUUAGGGUCUGUGUUUUUUGUAGCGUCUUCAGGUUUCUUGUCAGCAGAUUGGUCUGCUGCCCACUAGCACACGAACAGCGGAAACAACCCGGUAGAUGUGGUCCACUCGUUGCCGUUUUGAAUCCAGUUUCAAAUGAGAAGCCAGUUAAAUGGGAUUGCCAUCUAACAACAAGAUGACAGUAUUUGUGCAGUGCUAUAAUAUUAAGAUUUGUGCGCUGUGGGUUUUUGGAGAACGGCGCCAAAUUAGGAGCAAUAUGUGAUGGCUAAUCGCAUAAUUGAAUUGGACAAAAUGUUUACAUAGCACAGUGUGCCAAAGUCAUUUGCUGUUUGAUUGAAACAUGGAAACACACCUCUAUCCAAGGCUAAGACGGUUUAAUAUUCAGUAAAUGAAGGACGUGUGACCCCACAUGUUUUGAUUUUUUUCCAAAAAUCUCAAUGUUGCAUUCAACAGAAAUGGAAACGGCUUGGGGUCAACGUUUGUAAUCGUGUAUAUGUGUGUAUAUACGGUAUGUAUGUCCAUGCAUGUACAUUUACACUCAUUCGGUUGCAGUUAUAGUGAUUUGGUCAACUGUACAGCGCUUGUAUUUGUUCAUUGUUUUAUAGAUAUUGCAAAAGGUUGAAUGACUGAAAAUAAUUAACUUAAAUAAAAUUUAUAUACAUA